AUGGCGUGUAAGCGAGAGGUGGCACGUUUCAUGGGGAAAGAGGCUUCUUUCGAACUCUGCACAUAUAACCCGCAUAGUCAAGCCAUAAUCAAGGCCUAUGUUGCUGAUGUGACCCCGCCCACCCAGCGUCCAGCAGCCCUUGGUACAUUAAAUGCCAUUUGCAGUUCAGGGUUCAUCAUUGGUCCUGUAAUAGGUGGCCAUAUUGCAAUGAGCCAGUUUGGGUUUCAAAAAGUAGCAACUAUCACAGGUUUGAUUUUUUUCUGCAACUCCAUAUUUGUGUUAUUUUUUGUUCCUGAUACGGAGGUUGAAUGGUCCUCUUCAGACUGUUCUUCUAAUAAUGAAAAGGUUGACGGUUGCGAUGGAGGUCAAGGUAACGACAAUAAACCUAGCCUCAACAAAGCUGAAGCCGUCAGUGCUGUCGAUGCAAAGAAGAAUGAGUCGAAUACAGUAUUGCAGUCUGCUUCGGAUUUUGUAACGGCUAUAAGACAAGUUCCAUGGGCGAGUGUUGCCGAUAUUUUUGUUGUGCGAUUUCUCUCAAGUUUGUCGAUGAUUAUUUUCCGAAGCAGCUUUAAUUUGAUUUUAGAGUAUCGGCAUUCGACUUCACCAAAAACAAAUGGCUAUAUUAUGUCGUACAACGCUAUCUUGGGAGUAGUGAGUGGAAUGAGCGUUGGCUGGAUAGCAAAGUUUUUCCGUUCCCCCGAGUCAAUGCAUCGUUUUUUUUCGGUCACGCUUGUCUUUGCGUUAACGUCGAUAUCUUUUGCUCCGAACAUCGUUUACGUCAUUAUUGCCUUGAUUCCCUUAUGUAUAUCGACUUCGAUUUUGAGAGUUACCAGUGCAACUCUGAUGUACAAGAAAGGCGGGGAGGCGGAAAAGGGCCUACUUACUGGUUUGAGUGACUCAUUCAUGUCAAUGGCGCGUAUGAUAGGACCCACUGUUGGUGGGAUUGCACAGGACAUUAACAUUUACGGGCCUGGUAUUGUUAGCUCGUUUCUUGCAGGCUUCGGGACUCUCCUUGCGUUUGUAUUUGAUCUGGGAAAAGAUAAUGCAUUAUCUAAGAAGAAGACAUCAUAA